AUGGAUCAACUUAUUAGUGCCAAUUAUGACAAACAUACAAAAAUAUGGAGUGGAUCAAAAAUAGAACCACUGCAUAAUAUUGAACAUCAUUCGGUGGGUAGAAUUUUAUAUGGACAAAUGAGAAAUUAUCCCAAUAAAGUGAUACAGAUCGAUGAUAUUGAGAAUAAAAGUCUAACAAAUCGUGAGGCUUUAACUUGGGCCAUACGUAUAGCGCAACAUUUUAAGAAAAUGCGUUUACGUUAUGAUGAUGUGGUGGGCAUAGCGGCACGUAAUACUACCUAUUUAAUGCCUAUUGCACUGGGUUGCUUCCUUAACUCGGUACCAUUUCAUGCAGUCAGUCCCUUGUAUGAUGAAAAAUCUUUAACUCACUGCUUUGGUAUUACCAAACCUGCAAUUAUAUUCUGCGAUGGUUCGGAUUAUGAGAAAAUACGUUUAGCUACAAAGUCCUUCAGACCUCUUAUUUAUACCGUUAGUGAACAUAUUGAAGGUAUUGCCUCCGUUUUGGAUCUACUACAACCCACAAAAACUGAAUUCUUUUAUCAACCUGAAAAACUUUCAUUGGGUUCCGAUCAGACUGUAGCUAUACUUUGUUCAUCGGGAACUACAGGAUUGCCGAAAGCUGUCACUAUAUCAGCUAAUAAAUUGAUGUUUGAAAAUCCUGCCAUUACCAGCGAAGAUGUCAUAUACACCGCCAGUGGUUUAGAUUGGAUGAGCGGCCUUAUGAUAAUGAUAUUCAGUUGCUACUCGGGUUGUACUCGCAUUAUUUCACGUAAACCCUUUACUCCGGAAUAUUUUAUAGAACUUACUCGAAAAUAUAAAAUAACCAAUGUUACUCUGGCACCCUCUCAUGUUGUCGCCUUAAACCAAUGUCCCAACUUUACUACUGAAAACAUGGCAACAAUUAAAAUUAUACAAUGUGGAGGAGGCUGCAUUACCACCAAAACUUUGGAAAAAACCCAAAAUAUUUUACCACGCGCUUUAAUCUGUUUUGGCUAUGGUUUUACAGAAGCUGGUGGUGUAUCGGGCUACUUUGGCUUAGAACGUGGCAACUCAGUGGGUAAACUUGUACCUAAUAUACGCUUAAGAAUACAAGACGAACAAGGUAACAAUUUAGGACCCAAUGAAGUGGGUGAAAUUCAAGUGAACUAUCCCUACCAUUGGGCCGGUUACUAUGGCAACCCCAUAGAAACCCUGCGUAUGAGAGAUUCUCUCGGCUGGUUUCAUAGUGGUGAUUUAGGUUACAUGGAUGAAGAUGGUUUUCUCUAUAUAAUUGAUCGUAAAAAAGAGAUCUGUAAAUAUCUUUCGGAACACUAUUGGCCGAGUGAAAUUGAGAAUUGUAUACGCGAACUGGACGAUGUAAUUGAUUGCUGUGUUGUGGGUGUUUAUGAUGAGUAUUAUGGUGAUGUUGCUGGUGCUCUGGUUGUAAGGGCUAAGGACAGUUUACUAAAGGAGCAAGAUGUGGUAGAACAUGUUAAGAAUCACUUAAAAGCUAGACAGAAACAAUUACAUAAUGGUGUAGUGUUUGUAGAUGAAUUACCACAGAAUUUUAAUGGGAAAACUGUUAAACGCGAUGCAAGGGAGUUAUUUAUUAAAUUAAAGAAUUUAAAUAGUAAAAUUUAG